GGAGGGAGUCUUGCCUAAGAGAACUAAUGAGCUCAUGGUUGAAGUUAGAUUUGAACUGGAGCAUUCCCGAUAUGCAUCUCCUACCCACUACAGCCCUAUUUGAACAAUCUCGUCAAGUGCAAGCAAAUUAAACAUGAUUGUGCAAAGUUCUAAAUCAUGUGUGUGGCCCCUACAAGUAGAGUAAGGUCUCCACCUCAGACCUUUAUCCUCAAAUACAUGGAGGGAUUUAGAUUGUGUACAGCUGAAAUGCUGGACAGGAAAGGACUAAGAAGUAUUCCAUAUUUCUCCUUAGGUGUUUGCUCAUGUAUGGACAGUGUAUGCCCAAAUAGGGCUUAUGUAACCCGUAUCUAAAAAUAAAAAUUCAGUUUGAAGAUGAACAGCUUAGAGAUGUGAAUUAACAAUAGGAACUGAGAGGAGUGACGUACUAGAGGUAAUAAGGAUGUACUGGUGAUUUACUAAUGUCGUUUCUCCAUCAAGGAAAACAUCUAUGGAAUAUCCCCUUAGAAAAGCCAGCAGAAAACAUUGCUAAGAAAGAUUGAUAAUAUUUAUUCCAGAAUUUCCAAUAAUGGGGUAGGGCAGGAACCCUAAAUACUUUUCUGCUCCAUUUCAAUUUGAUUACAGCAACAAAAGUCUUCACUCUUAUUUAUCCCUAGUGGGUAAAUUCUAAGGGGGGGGGGGGUAAAGAACAUGGACAAAUAUACUGAGUUCUCCUAGCUAUAUCUGCAUAUAAUAGCAGUAGUACAGUGAAAUGGUGUUUAUUUAAUUUUCAAAAGUGAAGUUUUUGCAUUUUGGGCUUGAGCCUCUGGGUGUCACUGUUCACCAGAACGGAGGAGAAAUGAGAAAUCCUGCCCAAUUGAAGUUGCCGUUCCAUUAAACACAAGCACAAAAAAUCUGAAGGAACAAGCUGCUCGUCAGUGUAAAGAAGAAAUGAAAGUGUAUUUUCCUUAGAAAAGAGUUGGAUACAGCAUCAUUUGAACCAGAAUCUAAAGGCCUUUAACCUGCUGCAAGGAUGGAAGGAAUCCAGAGGCUGUGGAACUGCAGAAAGGGAAUUUUCCAGUGCCUUUUCAUGAUGUUUUCUUGGAAGGCAGUUUCUGGGCAGAUCCACUACUCCAUUCCAGAAGAGAUGCACAAAGGCUCUUCCGUGGGGAAUGUUGCAAAGGACCUGGGAAUGGAUGGCAAGCAGCUCCCAGACCAUGGACUUCGCAUUGUUUCCCCUGUAGGUAUGAUUCAGUACUUUUCUUUGAAUGACAACAACGGCCAUUUGCAGAUAUCUGAGAGAAUAGAUAGAGAGGAAAUCUGCAGAGAGGCAGAGAAAUGUAUUUUGAAGUUUCAGGUUCUUGUUGAAAGCAAACUGAAGCUUUAUGGAAUCGAAGUGGAAAUUACAGAUAUAAAUGAUAAUGCUCCCCACUUCCCUCUAGGGGAACAGGAGCUGGAAAUCAGUGAGGCAUCUAUACCUGGAUUCCAGAUCCCUCUUCCCAAAGCUCAAGACCCAGAUUGGGGGAUAAAUUCAGUGCAGAGCUACCAACUCACAGGCAGUAGCCAUUUUGCUUUGCAUGUGCAAACAAAAGAAAAUGGGGUCAGACUUGCUGAACUUGUGUUGGAAAAGUCACUGGAUAGAGAGGAACAAUCAGCUUACGAUCUGCUCCUCACAGCUACUGAUGGAGGUGAUCCCAUCAGGACUGGCACAUUACAAAUCCACAUCGUUGUCCUUGAUGCAAAUGACAACGCACCAGUUUUCAGCCAACCUCUCUAUGAAGUGAGUGUCAAUGAGAAUAUUCCCAAGUGGUCCACAGUUUUGACAGUGAGAGCGACUGAUAUGGAUGAAGGAACCAAUGGAGACAUUAAAUACUCUAUCCAACAAAUUACAAAGCGAGACUCCCAAAUGUUUCUGUUAAAUUCCACAACAGGUGAAAUCAUCCUUAUUGGGAAUCUUGAUUACGAGGAAUCAUCUUUAUAUGCAUUUGAGAUACAAGCAAAAGAUGGAGGAGGCCUGAGUGACAGAUCAAACAUUGUGAUAUCUGUUAUGGAUCUGAAUGACAAUGCACCUGAAUUAUCAGUUACCUUUGCCACCAACACCAUACUUGAAAGUUCACCAUCCCAAACGGUAAUUGCCAUUUUAAAUGUCCAAGACCGAGAUUCAGGAAUCAAUGGGGAAAUCACAUGUUCAAUCCCUAGCAACCUCCCUUUCCAGCUAAAGAAGUCCAUGGAUAACUUUUACAGUUUGGUGACUGAUGGUGCCCUUGACAGAGAACAGGUGUCAGUCUUCAAUAUUACUGUGACGGUUACUGACCAUGGAGUCCCCCCUCUUUCUACAGUCACAGUUAUCACACUUCAUAUUUUAGACACAAAUGACAACCCACCCCUCUUUGAAAAAACAGACUAUACUUUCUAUUUUGUGGAGAAUAACCAAAGAGGAGCAAUGGUCUCUUCCUUAAGAGCAAAUGAUCUUGACUGGGAAGAAAAUGCCAGAAUAACAUAUUCCAUCACUGAUGACCGAAAAAGUGACUCCCGCCUUUCCUCCUACCUCUCCAUUAACUCUGAGACGGGGGUUAUAUAUGCUCUGACCUCCUUUGAUUAUGAAGAGUUUCGGGAGAUUAAGUUCAGUGUAAAGGCCCUGGAUGGAGGUUCUCCACCACUCAGCUCCAACGUCUCAGUGACUCUCUUCAUCCUGGACCAGAAUGACAAUGCUCCCCAAAUUCUGUACCCCUCCCCUCCCACUGAUGGCUCCACGGGGAUAGAGCUGGCCCCUCGCUCCUCUGAGCCAGGCUACCUGGUCACUAAGGUGGUGGCCGUGGAUUCAGACUCUGGCCAGAAUGCCUGGCUCUCCUACCAGCUGACCAAGGCCACUGAGCCAGGACUCUUCACUCUGGGGCUCCACACGGGAGAGAUUAGGACAGCCCGUUUCUUUCUGGAAAAAGAUGCCCUCAAGCAAAGCCUGGUGGUUUUAGUGAAGGACAAUGGGCAGCCACCUCUCUCUGCUUCAGCCACUCUGACUGUGGUGCUGGCUGACACCAUCCCUGCAAUCCUCUCAGACCUGAGCAGCAUCUCAGCUCCUGUAGAGCCUCCAUCUGACCUCACCUUCUACCUGGUCCUUGCAGUGGCUUUUGUCUCCUGCUUGUUCUUCACUUUCCUCCUUGUGUUAGUGGCCAUCAAGUUGCACAGGUGGAGAAAUUCUCAGCUGCUUGAGUCGGGGAGUGUGAAUUUCAGUGGGGCUCCCAUCUCACAGUUUGUGGGGAUUGACGGAGUCCGAGCAUUUCUGCACUCCUACUGCCAGGAAGUUUCUCUUACUACAGACUCUAGAAAGGCAAAUUAUUCCAAUACUCUGAGCAAUAAAGAAGCUUGUGAAGCAAAUGAUCCUAUCCUACCUGGUGAAGAUUUAAACUUGAACAAUGAAGGCUUAAUCAUAGUCCAGGUGAGCAAACAAUUUUAGAUUAACAUGAUUUUUUGUUUUGUUAAUAUCAGCAUAUAUUUCCUGUCUGCCUCUGCUUUCUCAUUAUAUUCAGAACUAUGUCAGUCUUCUUUUUAUUCCUUUCAGCUCCCUCUUUUUUUAGUCAUCACUAGGUAUCUGAUCCUUCUGUGAAGGAUCUUAUUUCAGCAAAUCUUCAUCUUGACGCAUCAGAUGAUUUAUCUUUGUCUCUUACUUUGGACUGCUGGUGGAGGUUCACAAAACCUUGUGCACUUCUAUAAAAAGCAUAGUUCCCUACAUACUGAAAACUAUCAUGUAUGGGAGAUUGGGAGAAGGCUAGACUGAUAACUAUCAUACUAGAAUAAGACGACUGGGCGUUUAAGACGACCCCCAACUUUUCCAGUUAAAAUAUAGAGUUUGGGAUAUGCUCGCCGUAUAAGAAAUAUGACCUGGCGUAUAAGACGACCCCCGACUUUUGAGAAGAUUUUCCUGGGUUAAAAAGUAGUCUUAUAUGCAGGAAUAUACAGUAUAUUCCUCCCCCCCCCCCGGCCGCUUUGAACAAGCAUGUGAUUUCCUGUGAGAUUGAUUUAUGCAUUCUCAAUUGUUUUAACUUAGUAUGUUAUAUUUGGCUUUUAUUUCAUAUUUUUAUGACACUUCCAAAUAGUCGGUGGUUUAAAAAACCUGUAUCAAUAAAUAAGUAUAUAAAUGUGAGCCCUCACCUGCCUUGCUACUGGUAAGUUGUAGUUAUGUUGUCUCCAUGAAAACCAGGGCCAAGUAUCCUAUGACAAGUAAGUGCUCAUUCCCAUCUUUCAACCUAUAACCUCUUUCCACUACAUACCCAACUGCCCACCAGUAAGCUGAUACUGAGAUUCUCAUUGCUACAAGACUUCUUUUUAAAAAAGUAAUAAUGAAUUUACUUAACUCUUGUAUUGGCUGAGAUAUUUUGGCUGUUGGUAUAUUUUAGCAUGAUAAAAUGAGGAGAUUCAAUGGUGAGGGGACUCUGGGAAGAAAUUUACAAGCAAUUCUAUUGUAAGAUUGGUUGCAUAAUGCUUCUUGUAAUUUGCAACCUUCACCCGCUAUUUAACUACAGCAGCAACACACAA